AUGUCCGAGCUGUUCCAGGCUGCAGACCAUUCUCAGCCUACAGCGUGGUGGCCUGAAGCACGCAAGUCGAGGGUGCGCAAGAUCAUAAUGCACGUAGGCCCCACGAACAGCGGGAAGACACACAACGCGCUCCGAGCGCUCGCAGCAGCGAGGCGGGGUCUCUAUGCAGGGCCACUCCGUCUGCUGGCGCACGAGAUCUGGGAGCGUCUGAACAAAGGGCAGAUUGUCCCGCUGGGCGUCGACCCCGAGGAGGACGCGGAGCCCGAUGAAACGAGCAACAUUGACGCGGCAGACGCGUCUCCAUCUAUCCGGAAGCAUGGCUCAAGCAAGUACGCACGGCCAUGCAACAUGUUGACAGGCGAGGAGCAGAGGAUUGUUCAGGAGGACGCGUUGUUGAGCUGCACGGUGGAGAUGGUGCCGCUUGUGAGCGCAUGGGACGUUGCCGUCAUCGACGAGAUCCAGCUCAUCGCCGACCCGGAACGGGGUGGGGCGUGGACGGCUGCCCUACUCGGUCUCAAUGCGGUGGAAGUUCAUCUUUGCGGCGAGGAGACUGCUGUACCUCUGGUUCAGAGGAUGCUGCGCGACACCGGGGACGAAAUCAUCGUGAACCGUUACGAACGCCUCACGCCACUGACGGUAGCGGAGGAGGGCCUGCAUGGCGACUUGUCCAAUGUGAAGAAGGGCGACUGCUUCGUCACGUUUUCUCGAAGCAAGAUUUUCGCUGCCAAGAAGAACAUUGAAAAGUCGACGGGAUUACGAUGCGCUGUUGCCUAUGGUCGAUUACCGCCAGAGAUCCGCAGUGAACAGGCUGCGUUAUUCAACAGAGCGAAUAGCGGUUACGACGUGCUGGUUGGCAGUGACGCCAUCGGAAUGGGCCUGAAUCUCAAAAUAAAGCGUAUCAUACUGGCAGCCGUGCGGAAAUAUGACGGUCACCGUGAGGUGAGGCUCUCAGACUCGCAGAUAAAACAAAUUGGCGGACGUGCUGGACGGUUUGGGCUGCUCGGCCAAGGCGAUGAAGGCGGCGGUGGCGUGACAACUCUUGACGACGCAGACCUCCCAGUGGUACGCCAGGCAAUGAAAGAGCCGUUCAUACCCCUUCGCUUCGCCAGCAUUCAUAUCUCGGGUGAAAAGUAUAUUUCGGUCAUGCGGACAUUGCCCCCUAAUGUCCCUGUUCGGGUGGUCGUGGAUGUCUUCAGGUACAUCACGAAAGUGGACCCCUGCUACGAAAUGCAGGACCUAGUCAAGUUCAGGGAGAGGAUCGAGUACGUGGACGGUCUCUCGGACCGUCUCACAAUACAAGAGAGGAUCCUCAUGCAGCUGGCGCCGGUGCCUGUCAGGGAUCCUCUCGCCGUCGAAGCCAUCCGGACGAUCCUGAGUCUCUACCGCGUCAAGCUCGCUGUCAAGUUGCACGAGGCACUCCAAGCGUCUGGGCUGUCGGAGAGCUAUAGGAACGUAAAGCAGAGGCUGAAAAGGGUAGAGACAGUGUCGAAAAAGACCAGCCUGUCUGAGAUGCUGAAUGUUCUCGAGACGGUGCACAAGAUCCUAGUCAUGUACCUGUGGCUCAGCUACCGCCAGCUUGUCGCAUUCCCUGACCAAGAAGAAGCUUUUGCCAUGCGGAGCGAGGCCGAAGAAGAGAUGGACAAAUGUCUGACGGCCCUUACCAUGGUAUCGACGGAUCACCCUGCAGAUUCUUCUGAGAAGAUGUCAUACUUCACCAAGCAAGAAAUUCUACGUCGUAGAACUGAGAAGAGGGGUAACAAUUACACUUGA